AUGCCUCACGUUUGUAGCGGCACAACAUUGGGUAGAAGUAGGAGGAUAGUUAUCAGUAGGGCCUGGCCGAGUUCAAAACGAUCAUGGGAGUACGGGAGACGACCGCUGUAUCCAGAUUCACCGCCAAUAGCUGGUAUUAACAGAAUUUCAACCUCAACAAUUCAACGUGGUCACUUAGCUGCAUUCCCACUGUCAUCAUCACUAUCGCUGUCAUCAAAAAAACCAACAGCGGCGGUAGCGUCAUCACUGGUAAAAACAUCCGGUAAACCAACAACAACGUAUCGAACGUUCAGUAGUACAAUGGCUACAGCUGGUGAACAUCAUACCCUGACGAUAGACAAUGUAUUCUCCAAUUUACGGCGUAUGGAAUACGCUGUACGUGGACCACUUCUUCUACGUGCUUUGGAAAUUGAAAAGGAACUUAAAAAGGGUGUGAAAAAACCAUUCAAAGAAGUAAUUAAAGCCAACAUCGGAGAUGCACAUGCUAUGGGCCAACGACCAAUUACAAUUCUACGUCAAUUAUUAUUAUUAACAAUCUCACCAGAGCUUAUGAAUGAUCCCCGUUAUCCAGAAGAUGUUAAAAAUCGUGCAAAAGCUAUAUUGAAUGAUUGUAAGGGUGGUAGUGUUGGUUCAUAUUCCGAAUCACCAGGAAUAGAAAUAGUUCGUAGACAUGCAGCUGAAUAUAUUGAAAGACGUGACGGUCAUCCAGCUGAUUAUAAAAAUAUUAUUUUAUCAAACGGUGCAUCAGAUGGAAUAAAGUCAUUUUUAAAAUUAUUCAACGAAGAAUUGAAUGGGCUACCAUCAGGCGUUAUGAUUCCAAUACCUCAGUAUCCACUUUAUUCAGCAGCAUUGGCGGAGUUUGGUCUUUCACAAAUCGGUUAUUAUCUUGAUGAAGAUAACAAAUGGGGAUUAGAUAUAACUGAGCUAGAGCGGGCUUAUAAUCAGGCCAAAAAGACUUGUAAUCCACGUGUUAUCGUAGUUAUCAAUCCUGGAAAUCCAACAGGACAAGUUCUUACACGCGCUAACAUCGAAAAUGUCAUACGCUUUGCUCAAAAAAAUCGCCUAUUUAUAUUGGCUGAUGAAGUCUAUCAAGAUAAUAUUUAUGACCCAGACAGUGCAUUCCAUUCAUUUAAAAAGGUCAUGAUUGAAAUGGGAGCUCCUUAUAAUAAAAUGGAACUAGCAUCGUUCAUGUCUAUAUCAAAAGGAUACAUGGGUGAAUGUGGAAUUCGAUGUGGGUAUGCUGAAUAUUUCAACAUGGAUCCUGAUGUUAUGGCAAUACUUUCAAAGUCAAUUUCAGCGAUGUUAUGUCCAACUGUACUAGGUCAAGUAGCUAUGGAUGUUGUGGUCAAUCCUCCCAAACCCGGUGAACCUUCGUACAAUCAAUUUAUCAAAGAAAAAACAGCUGUACUUGAAUCAUUAGCUGAACGAUCACGAUUAGUUGUCGAUACACUCAACAGUAUUCCAGGUUUUAAGAGUAAUCCAGCUAUGGGUGCUAUGUAUGUAUUUCCGAGAAUAGAUUUACCACCUAAAGCGAUCGAAGCAGCUAAAGCCGCGGGACAAGAACCUGAUGUAUUUUAUGCAUUUAAACUUCUUGAAGCCACGGGUAUUUGUGUGAUUGCUGGUUCUGGUUUUGGACAAAAACCUGGAACUUAUCACAUUCGUACAACUAUUUUACCACAAAAAGAAAUGAUUAAAACGAUGCUUAACAGUCUUAAGGAAUUCCAUUUGAAAUUUAUGAAAGAGUAUAGUUAA